CCCCGUGAGGAGAGUGUGUGUAUGUGUGUGUGAGAGAGACCGAGAUCAUGUGAGAGUCCAUGCGCCGGAAAGUAGGUUAGCAGGGUAGACUGAGAGGAAGGCAGAGCUAACGCAGAGAUAGGGAGAGAGAGAGACCGCUGUGACUAGCAACGUUAGCGCUCAGCGUAGUACGCGAACCAGUUCGCUACAACAACGCUAACAAAAGUGCUUUUGCACGGCACCGAGCUCCGAGGGAGUAACUGGAACAACUCUGAGGAUUUUUGUUUUCGUCCUUCAUUCUUUUCCGUUAUCGAUAAUGCUCCCCGCCGGAGCCCAAAGGUUAUUUUUAGCUAGCGGUCUCAAGCUAGCCACUUAGCUUAAGCCUGUCCAACUUCUUUCUAGUUUAUCUCGCCGCACGUUGACGCGUUGAGGACUUCCGAAAACCCCGAAGAAAACUUAAAAAUGCGAGCUCAAAUAGAAGUGAUUCCGUGUAAGAUCUGUGGGGACAAGUCCUCUGGGAUCCAUUAUGGUGUUAUCACCUGUGAAGGCUGCAAGGGAUUUUUUCGACGCAGCCAGCAGAACAAUGCCAUGUACUCGUGCUCUCGACAGAGGAACUGCCUCAUUGACCGCACAAACCGCAACCGCUGCCAGCACUGCCGCCUGCAGAAGUGCCUGGCGCUGGGCAUGAGUCGAGACGCGGUGAAGUUUGGCCGCAUGUCUAAGAAGCAGCGUGAUAGCCUGUACGCGGAGGUGCAGCGGCACCAGCAGCUGUCUCAGGACUGCCUGUCCGGCCUUGGCGGGGGUCUGACCCACGAGCACGAGGAAGCAGGUGAAGACAGUGGUCACAGCCGCUCGUACAGCAGUGGGGGCUCCAGCGCUGCCCUCAGCGACCUGGACGACAUCGCUACCCUUCCCGACGGCCUUCUUUUUGACUUGCCACUCACUCCAGGUGAGGCGGGCGAGUAUUGCGGCCUAGAGCCGUUUGAUAGUGGAGCAGGAGGCGGAGUGGGAAGUGCGGGGAGCGGCAGCUCGUCCACUCAGAGCUCUCCAGAGCCCAGUGUCCUGGACAUGACAGAAGCAGGACGAGUGAAGCACGAGUAUCAGCUACUGCCAGAGCCCAGCCUCCUCACACAUACGCUGCUGGGGGCGCUGCCUGACGACUGCUCCCUUCUUGACAUAGAGCGAAUCACCCAGAAUGUGGUGAAGUCUCACGUGGAGACGUGUCAGUACAGCACAGAGGAGCUGAAACGACACACCUGGAACCUGUACACACCUGAGGAGACCCGCUCGUUCCAGCUCAAGUCUGCUGAGUGGAUGUGGCAGCAGUGUGCCCUGCACAUCACUAACGCCAUCCAGUACGUGGUGGAGUUCGCCAAGCGCAUCAACGGCUUCAUGGACCUCUGCCAGAAUGACCAGAUUAUCCUCCUCAAAGCAGGCUGCUUGGAGGUCCUGCUGAUCCGCAUGUGUCGUGCGUACAACUCCGCUAACAACACUAUGUUUUUCGACGGCAAGUUCGCCAGCCCUCAACUCUUUAAAGCACUAGGCUGUGAUGACCUGGUGAAUGCUGUGUUUGAGUUGGCCAAGAGCCUCUGUCGUUUGCAGCUGAGUGAGGAGGAGAUGGCCCUGUUCAGUGCCGCCAUUCUGCUAUCACCUGAUCGCCCAUGGUUAACAGAGAGUCAGCAGGUGCAGAAGCUGCAGGAGAAGGUUUAUCUGGCUCUGCAGCACAGCCUGCACAUGUCAGGAGCAACCCCGGAGAAACUGGACAAGAUGGUGUCCAAGCUUCCACAAAUGAAGUCCAUCUGCAACCUUCACAUCGACAAGCUGGAGUUUUUCCGGCUGGUUCACCCCGAAACGGCCUACAGCUUCCCUCCGCUCUACAGGGAAGUGUUCGGCAGCGAAAUCAACUUCCCUGAUUCCACUGACAGUUAGAGAGAGCAAGGGAGAGAAGUUGGGGGGUGGAUGGAGAGGGUGAGAGAAAGAGAACCAGAUACAGCGAGAAAGAGAGUGUACAGGGGGAUAGUGUGAUGGAGGAUGAAACAGAUGAAGAAAUAGGGAGACAGUGGAGGCCUGAGGUGUAAAGCUAUUUUUUACUGUAAAAAAGAAAAGAAAUAGGAAUCUGUACAAAACCUCAUCUGACCAGCAGCCCACAGACAAUCCAGCACCCUGUAUCAGUCAUCCAUGUGUACAGGAGCACCACUCCCACUAUUAUAGGGGCCAAGAAACAGCAUUACACCUCCCCACACAAACCCCCUGACAACUAACAAGCAGCACACUCUCAAAACAUCUCAAGAAAUGGAUAGAUAAUCAGUGCACUUUUGCACGACAAUAGAUGAUCAGCUUGUCUUUUGCAAAUAGUGAAAUCUCCAUUAAGGCAUAAACAUCAUCUCAAAAGGCAUUGGUUCUCAGUUUUGUCUUCAGGGACAUCCUGUCAGUCUGUAUUUUUGCUCCAGUCUGGUUCCCAGUACACUAAACAGUGGUUUUCCAAAUGGUCCUGGUGUAGCACUGCCCUGCAGUUUAGUGUUUUUCCUGCUCUUAACCUCUAGGCUUAUUCUCUUUUAUUCAGUAACUUAAAGGAAUUAUUCAGUAACUAGUAGAUCUCCACAGUAUAUUGUAUUAUAUUGUACAAUAUUAUUAUAAUAUGCCUCAAUACUAACAUUGCUUAAAAGGCCCAUAUCGUAUGUCCUGCUUAAAUUUGAUUUUUUUUCCCUUGAGGUCCACUUAUGAUAUUUUUGUGGGAUUGUGUUCGAGAAACAGUUAUAUUUCAUUUAACAUUACCUUUUAAACCUCUCUUUAUCCGUUAGAAUUAAACAGGCUGUUUUUGUUACUGUGCCUUUAAGACUGAUACAUGUUCUGAUUGGCCGCCCUGUAUUGGGGUACAUUCAAGGCUAAAACACUCCUUUUAACUUGGACUCCUUUUAACUUAACUAGCAUGAAUGGGCUGCUGUGGAAUGAUUAGGCGGUCAUAUUUAAAUGCAUUGGUUUUGGUGACAUCACAAAAACAGUGAAUUUAAAGUAGUCUGCGUUUGUAGCUUAAUUGCCAUGUGUGGAUCAUUUGGACUGGCUAGUGAAGUGAAAGUUGCAGAAACUUUGAAAACAUACUACAUGAACUCUUGUUUUUCAUUAGAUGGGCCCUUAAGUCUAUAACAUGCAAAUGAGCAUCUAACCAAACCAACUGCUUCAUCUUGACCAAUCACAGAUGUUCUAUAGAUAAUUUUGGAAGAAAGAAUGCAGGCCAGUUUUUCACCCUGUCGUAAUAUGCAGCCCUAGUAAUUGCUAUGAAAAUAAUGUAUAUGUGGAGAGUGAGGAAUUCUGGAGAAAGCAUGGGCCAUUUAGAGGCUCUUAGAGUCUAAAUAGGCUAGAAAGUUGAAUCAGGCCUGUUACAGUAGGAAAAAUGUUAAAAUCCUAAUUCAGGUGUCGGGAACCAGAACGGAACAAAAAUCUCAUCCGCCCUCUCCUCCACGGCCGCCCUUGGACAAAUUAUGAAUGUAUGUUUGCCCCAACAAUAGCACUUAGCCUUGGGGUGCGACCGAAUGUAUGUACUGCACUUUGGUUCACCGACAGGCUUUUUUUGUUUUGUUUUGUUUUGUUUUUCUUAAAAAAAAAACCCACAUGAGUUACAAAUGACAAUCUAUUAAGAAACCG